AUGCUGCAAACAAAGAAGAAGCGUCACCAACGAGUACGGUCCGAAGGCACGGCCGUUACCGUCAAAGUGGACGAACGUUCUCAGAGAAAUCUGGAAAAAUUCUAUAAUUCCACUAACAUUAAUUGGAUACCCGUGGAAACGCAGCUGCGUAAAUGGACCAAUCUGCUACGUAUAGGGAAAAAGCUCACAGUGGAAGUUGCCUUCACCUAUAGGGAGGAUGAUGACGGACCCUCCUCGGGCCCUUUAAGAAGUGCUGGCAAGAGGGGACGUGUGUCCGCGACCAGCAGAAUGUUGGAUGAGCGUAGGCAGUACAUUUUAGAGGAAGAGGAAACUACCGGACAGGCUGCGACCUGGGAGUCGGUCUAUGCCCUAAUGCGAUGCGCCGUCCGAUCCUGUCCGCAUAGAUCUGACUGGUGCUGGGAGGACCCAAAGGACAAGAGACAUUACAAGCUCAGGACUCCGCAUCUAGAAAGAUUAAUCGACUUUGUCGAUGAGGGCGGCAUUCUUGAAAGCCAUGACGACGUUCCUGGCGAUAUUCGUCGUGAUCUUAUCCUGGAGAGUCAGGCAGGAAGAAAAGCAAAAAAGGUGGACACCUCAACAGCAGAACUUCCGCAUUCUUCAACAGUGAUCAACGUUUUACCAGCACAGAAUAGCAGUGCACCUGUUAUCGCUCCUUUCUUACCCGAGCAAUCAUCUAGAAAGCCGCUUACAAUUGCGGGGCCUCGUGAAACGGCUGUGAGAGAGUAUUGCAAAUGGCUGGAGUCACGCGCUACGGAGGAGGCGUACAAAGCUGAUUUCCGUAAAAUUUGUCAAGUGAUUCUAGAGAAUCAUCUCGAUCUUGAACUGAUUCUUGAAGAUCCAGAUUCUGGAUUUUUCGUUCAGCGAGGCAUUCGAAUCGGGACUGCCCGCCGUUUCCUGCGUGACAUCAAUGAAUGGGCAAAUGUGUUGCAACCAAACGCACUUCUUGACCUGACCAAUGAAUGA